GUCAAACGACUUGCAGACAGCGUCGGCAGCACGCCCAGGAACUCCGCCGCGGCGCCUCCUCCAGCCGCGCAGCCAGACGCCCGGACCCCGCGCCCGCGCCGCCCGCGCCGCCCGCGCCCUGCCCGCCGCGAUGCUCGCCCGCGCCCUGCUGCUCGGCGCGGUCCUGGCGCUCGGCCACGCAGCAAAUCCUUGCUGUUCCAACCCAUGUCAGAACAGAGGUGUAUGUAUGAGCACAGGAUUCGACCAGUAUAAGUGUGAUUGUACCCGGACAGGAUUUUAUGGUGAAAACUGUUCAACACCUGAAUUUCUGACAAGAAUAAAAUUAUUCCUGAAGCCCACUCCAAACACUGUGCACUACAUACUUACCCACUUCAAGGGAGUCUGGAAUAUUGUCAAUAACAUUCCCUUCCUUCGAAACGCAAUUAUGAAAUAUGUGUUAACAUCCAGAUCCCAUUUGAUUGAUAGUCCACCGACUUACAAUACACACUACGGCUACAAAAGCUGGGAAGCAUUCUCUAACCUCUCCUAUUAUACCAGAGCCCUUCCUCCUGUGGCUGAUGACUGCCCAACUCCCAUGGGUGUGAAAGGGAAGAAGGAGCUUCCUGAUUCAAAAGAGGUUGUGGAAAAAUUUCUUCUAAGGAGAAAGUUCAUCCCUGAUCCCCAGGGCACAAAUAUGAUGUUUGCAUUCUUUGCCCAGCACUUUACCCAUCAGUUUUUCAAGACAGAUCAUAAGCGAGGACCAGCUUUCACCAAAGGACUGGGCCAUGGGGUGGACUUAAAUCAUGUUUAUGGUGAAACUCUGGAUAGACAACAUAAACUGCGCCUUUUCAAGGAUGGAAAAAUAAAAUAUCAGAUCAUUGAUGGAGAAGUGUACCCUCCCACAGUGAAAGAUACUCAGGUGGAGAUGAUCUACCCCCCUCACGUCCCUGAACACCUGCGGUUUGCUGUGGGGCAGGAGGUCUUUGGUCUGGUGCCUGGCCUGAUGAUGUACGCCACAAUCUGGCUGCGGGAACAUAACCGAGUGUGCGAUGUGCUUAAACAGGAGCACCCAGAAUGGGGUGACGAGCAGUUGUUCCAGACGAGCAGGCUGAUACUGAUAGGAGAGACUAUUAAGAUUGUGAUUGAAGACUAUGUACAGCACUUGAGUGGCUAUCACUUCAAACUGAAGUUUGACCCAGAGCUGCUUUUCAACCAACAAUUCCAGUACCAGAACCGUAUCGCUGCUGAGUUUAACACGCUCUAUCACUGGCACCCCCUUCUGCCGGACGCCUUUCAAAUUGAUGAUCAGGAAUACAACUAUCAGCAGUUUCUCUAUAACAACUCUAUACUACUGGAACACGGACUUACCCAGUUCGUUGAAUCAUUCACCAAACAAAUUGCUGGGAGGGUCGCUGGUGGUAGGAAUGUUCCACCUGCAGUACAAAAAGUAGCAAAGGCCUCAAUCGACCAGAGCAGACAGAUGAAAUACCAGUCUUUUAAUGAGUAUCGCAAACGCUUUUUGCUGAAGCCCUAUGCAUCAUUUGAAGAACUUACAGGUGAGAAGGAGAUGGCCGCGGAGUUGGAAGCACUCUAUGGUGACAUUGACGCCAUGGAGCUAUAUCCUGGCCUGCUGGUAGAGAAGCCUCGUCCAGAUGCCAUCUUUGGUGAAACCAUGGUAGAAGUUGGAGCACCAUUCUCCUUGAAAGGACUUAUGGGUAAUACUAUAUGUUCUCCUGACUACUGGAAGCCAAGCACUUUUGGUGGAGAAGUAGGUUUUAAAAUCAUCAACACUGCCUCAAUUCAGUCUCUCAUCUGCAAUAAUGUGAAGGGCUGUCCCUUUGCUUCGUUCAACGUUCCAGAUCCACAGCUCACCAAAACCGUCACCAUUAAUGCAAGCGCUUCCCGCUCCGGACUAGAUGAUAUCAAACCCACAGUACUACUAAAAGAACGUUCAACUGAACUGUAGAAGUCUACUGAUCCUAUUUAUUUAUUUAUAUGAACCAUGUCUUUUAACUUAAUUAUUUAAUAAUAUUUAUAUUAAACUCCCUAUGUUACUUAACAUCUUCUGUAACAGAAGUCAGUACUCCUGUUACGGAGAAAGGGGUCAUACUUGUGAAGAUUUUUGUGUCACUACUUUAAAGAUUUAUUUUUUUCAAGUUAAAUAGGAAAACAGUUUUCAUUCCUUCUUGGAAACUAGGAGGAAAUGAAUUUUGACAUCUUUUACUUGAAUUUCAAUUUAUAUUAUGUUAUAAUAAGAACAAAAGCAAAGAUGUUUGAACACUUAAAUGCUGUUACAAGGAUGAUAAAAUGCUGAAAGUUUCUACACUGUCAAUAUUUCCAGUGUGUCUUCCAUGAUGUAUUAGAAGCAACUAAUGUUUGGAAUUUUAAAGUACUUCUAGACAUUUAUUUGUGAUCAAACAAAAAAAGGUACAAGUGUAUUUUUAAAUGAAUGUUUAAAUUAAUUACCAAUAAUUUCAUGUCUAUUUUUUAAAGUAGUAUUGAAAAAAUAAUUUGAAAUUUCUAAAAUUCAUAGAUAGAAUCACUUUUAAAAAGCUGUUCUGUUAUUAAACUUGUCCCUAUAUUAAUAAAAGAAACUCUCUUGGAUUUAAAUCUCUAAAAUCAGUAGAAAUUAUCCUACGAUUUCUUGUUAAAAUAUUGCAUAAGAGAGUUUACUUUUUCACCAGGAGUGAAUAUCUACUUAAUAUGACUAUUACAGCUUGUUUUUAAAACAAAAUGGCAAAUGUAUUAAGGUGAUAGAACCACUGCAGUCAUAUCUUAAAUUAAGAAUAUUUUAUGUCAAGAGAUUCCAGAAUUUGUUUAUGGCUGGUAAUGAAUAAAAUCUAUAGCAGCAAAAGAUUCUACAUUUAAAAUAACCAAUAACAAAGAAAAAAACCAAAUUAUAAUUCAAAUCUAGGUUUAAACUCUUGAAGGAGAUUUUAUUCUAUCCUCAUACACUGUGGGCCUGGUACUUCCUCAACAGAUGUUGCUAUGAGGUUAAUGAAUUACUGAGCUGUGCUUGGAUAACAGUCUAUUUUCUUAGAUUUCCCAUUGCACAGUAUGAUUUAGCAGUUCCUAUUACAGUGCAAAAAGUAGCAAUGGCCUCAUAAAAUACCUCUUCAAAAUGCUUAAAUUCAUUUCACACAUUAAUUUUAUCUGAAUAUUGUUGAGCCAAUUCAGUAUAUGCAUUUGAAUCAACAUGCUGCUCCUUUUAUUUUCUUUUAGCUGUUUUGCUAAGAGAAAUUCUCCUCUGAUAACUUUAUUUCUUCUAUUUUGUUUUACUGGUUUUAAGAUCAGAGUUUGUCUUUCUUUGGACUCUGCCUAUAGUUUCUUGCCUGAACUUCUGCAAGUUUUCAGGGAAACCUCAGCUCAGGACUACUAUUUAGUUCCCUUUAAAAAGAAUAAAAAAAAAAGACUUUUUUAAAAAAAUUCACUUAUUUUAAGUGAAAGACAGAGAAUUUUAUUUAUAAUUAAUUUUAACUAUCUGUAGCCAAGUAGCCUACAAAGAGGCUAAUACCUCAGAAAGAACUGCAGGGGGGUCAUGACAGGAAGAAAUUUAUAUUCCUGUUCUGAUGAAUGCCCUUUCUUAUUUAAAAGCAAAGCCAAAGAAUUUCUGAGUAGUUCUCAAUAGUAAUAAUAAUGAUGAUGAUAAUAAUACUUCUUUUUCACAUCUCAAUGUCAGCUGACAUUUAAUGGUACUGUAUAUUACUUAAUUUAUUGAAGAUUAUUAUUUACAUUUUAUUAGGACAUUAUUGUCAUAAACUAUGUUUAAGUCUGCAAUUGUUGAUUUUUUUUCAUUAUGUCAGAAUCAAUGUAUCUUCUUUGGGUUUACCUCUCUAAAUUACGAUGUAAACAAUCAAAAGAAAUGAUCAUAUUAAUAUUUGUAAAUAAAUUUUUAGAAACCCAACUCUGGUAUAUUGAGAUAUUUAAGGUUAGAAUUUUUGUAUUUAAGAUUUACCUAUAUGCCAGCCCACAGAAAAUACUGUCUCAUUAGCCUGAACUUGCCAUAAGACUGACCUUUCAUACCAUUUUGAAGGACCUGUGGAUGCUUCAUUAAUUUAUUCAGCCAUAAUUUAUUGAGAAAAUAUUCUGUACAAAGCACUGUGGGUUUUAAUGUUUCUAAAUCAAACACUAAUUACAAAUAACAUUAGUGUUUGUGUAAAUAACUGAAAAAAUGUGUCUUUUAGGAAGAGGAAGAAAAUGAAAUAAAUUUCAUUAAGGAGAAAUAACUCGGGAGAAUUUUUCUUUAAGAUUUUAUGUUUAAAAAGUUUAAGGUUAAGAAAGAAAUAGUCAAUAUUAGAAGGGUUUAUACAAAGAACUAUUAAUGUCACUGAUUUUUUUUUUUUGGAAAAAGAAUACUUGAUUUGUUAUUAACAUCAACCUGCUGACUGAACCUGGGCAUUUGGAUUGUAUAUGUGAGUGUUUCAGUGCCUCAGACAAAUGUGUACUUAAAUUAACUUGUGUAAAAUGUAAAUCUUGAAACAAAUGUCUGUUUAUUUUUAUACUAUUUAAGAAUGGACAAAUCUUUUCUGAA